AUGGAGAAGGCUAAAGUAGGCCAGCAGUUCAUGAGCUUGAAGGAGCCGCUCAAGACGUCUCCCUCCUCCCACGCUGCCUUCCUCUUUGCCCUCCUCCUCCUCCUCCUCAGAGCUGUUGUCUUUCAUUGUCCUUUGUCUCACUCCAUCCGAGGUACAUCUUACCGAGACCCCAACUCAACUCCGUCACCUGAUGCAGAGACGAACACCUCCUCCACCACCUCCUCCUCCUCCUCAUGCUACUUUCCUUCAGGGGGAGUGUGCAAACCCAUGGGUGUCCUCUCCUCCCCCUCCUCCCAAUACCUGAUCCAGUCCUUUUUGGGGGAGGGCACCUUUGGGAAAGUCGUUAAGUGCUUAAAGAUGGCCACCAACAGGACGGUGGCUGUGAAGAUCGCGAAGGGAAAGAACUUAACACCAGAGGCAAAGACUGAGAUGGAGAUAAUGGAAGUGCUCAAAGCGUUUGACUCUGACAGGUUUAACUUUGUGACGUUCAACGAUGUGUUUGUCUCCGGGAAACACGUCUGUCUGGAGUUUGAGAUCCUGGACACGAGUCUGUUUGACUUCCUCUAUCAGAAACCUCACCGCUCGCUGGCGCUGGACGAAAUCCGCCCCAUCCUGUACCAGGUUUCCGUAACGCUGCAGCUGCUCCAGAGUCUGGGAGUCGUGCACACGGACCUGAAGCCGGAGAACAUCAUGCUGCUGGACCACAGGAAGCAGCCGUGGAGAAUCAAGGUGAUCGACUUCGGCAUGGCGCGUCACGUCGCUCAGUCGGAGCUGGGCUACUACAUGCAGACACGACAUUACAGGUCCCCGGAGAUUAUCCUAGGAUUCCCCACAACGUCAGCCAUCGACAUGUGGUCUCUGGGCUGCAUCGCCGCGGAGCUGUUUGCGGGCGCUGUGCUCUACCCUGGAGACACCGAGCACGAAAUGCUGCGACAUAUAGUGCAGACUCAGGGUCAUCCUCCGUCUCGUCUCAUGGUCAAAGGCGUCCACACGCAUUGGUUUUUCCAUUAUAGAAGGAAGAGCGGGAGACGUCGUUGGAUAUUGAAGCAGUCUGGAGAAACCAACCCAAGUGCCAGACAAUUCAAAUCGCUGAAUGGUAUAAUAAAGUUAAAACCCCCCCGCCACCUGUUGGACGAAGACAACGUGGCAGAAACUGAAGACCGGAAGGUGUUCCUGGAUCUGCUGAAGAAGAUGCUUCACCUGGACAUCGAUCGGAGGAUUUCCCCCAGCGAUCUUCUUCAGCAUCCCUUCAUCACCUUGAACCGCCUCGCUCAAAACCACCAGAACAGCUUCUACGUGAAAUCCAGCUGUGAAAAGAUGGAGGUCUGCCUGGAUCAGAGUGAGGGCUUUGACGGGGGUCAGAUGAACCUGUCGCCCUCCACCAGCGGAGCAGAGGGCCCCCCCGCCUGGUUCAGGACCCAAGAACACCCCCUCAUCCUGGGCAUCUCGUCCCAGGUAUCGGACAGCCUCUCCAUAAACGAUGAAGAGAGUCAACAACAACAACAACAACAACAACAACAACCCCCUCCUCAAUCGCCUGUUGCUGUAAAGCCUGUGUCCCCGCCGCUGCAAGUUAGCACUGCGCCUCCACCCUGCCAACAAGAGAGAACCGGGAGGAAGGCGCUGAGGAAAUCAUCGAGGAGAAAACCCCGCGGUGACGACAGCAGCCCGGAGAGAGACAGACCAUCGAGCAAGAGCAGGAACACAGAAAUCAUCCAGACAUCAAAAAAGACUACGAUCCGUGUGGCCGAAAUAAAACGCGGGAGAAAGCGGACGUGGGACACUUUCUUAGCGUCCCACAUCGUGUCAAAAAAGCGAGUCAAGGAUUCACCGGAGAGCAAGAAAAGGAAAAGGGAUGAUUCUGAGGCUGAAGGAAAACCCGGGAGAAAGCGAACGUGGGACACUUUUGUAGCCUCAGGAUUAAGCGUGAAAUCCAGCUGUGAAAAGAUGGAGGUCUGCCUGGAUCAGAGUGAGGGCUUUGACGGGGGUCAGAUGAACCUGUCGCCCUCCACCAGCGGAGCAGAGGGCCCCCCCGCCUGGUUCAGGACCCAAGAACACCCCCUCAUCCUGGGCAUCUCGUCCCAGGUAUCGGACAGCCUCUCCAUAAACGAUGAAGAGAGUCAACAACAACAACAACAACAACAACAACAACAACCCCCUCCUCAAUCGCCUGUUGCUGUAAAGCCUGUGUCCCCGCCGCUGCAAGUUAGCACUGCGCCUCCACCCUGCCAACAAGAGAGAACCGGGAGGAAGGCGCUGAGGAAAUCAUCGAGGAGAAAACCCCGCGGUGACGACAGCAGCCCGGAGAGAGACAGACCAUCGAGCAAGAGCAGGAACACAGAAAUCAUCCAGACAUCAAAAAAGACUACGAUCCGUGUGGCCGAAAUAAAACCGGGGAGAAAACGGACGUGGGACACUUUCUUAGCGUCCCACAUCGUGUCAAAAAAGCGAGUCAAGGAUUCACCGGAGAGCAAGAAAAGAAAAAGGGAUGAUUCUGAGGCUGAAAGAAAACCCGGGAGAAAGCGAACGUGGGACACUUUUGUAGCCUCAGGAUUAAGCGUGAAAUCCAGCUGUGAAAAGAUGGAGGUCUGCCUGGAUCAGAGUGAGGGCUUUGACGGGGGUCAGAUGAACCUGUCGCCCUCCACCAGCGGAGCAGAGGGCCCCCCCGCCUGGUUCAGGACCCAAGAACACCCCCUCAUCCUGGGCAUCUCGUCCCAGCCUGUGUCCCCGCCGCUGCAAGUUAGCACUGCGCCUCCACCCUGCCAACAAGAGAGAACCGGGAGGAAGGCGCUGAGGAAAUCAUCGAGGAGAAAACCCCGCGGUGACGACAGCAGCCCGGAGAGAGACAGACCAUCGAGCAAGAGCAGGAACACAGAAAUCAUCCAGACAUCAAAAAAGACUACGAUCCGUGUGGCCGAAAUAAAACCGGGGAGAAAACGGACGUGGGACACUUUCUUAGCGUCCCACAUCGUGUCAAAAAAGCGAGUCAAGGAUUCACCGGAGAGCAAGAAAAGAAAAAGGAAUGAUUCUGAGGCUGAAGGAAAACCCGGGAGAAAGCGAACGUGGGACAUUUUUGUAGCCUCAGGAUUAAGCGUGAAAUCCAGCUGUGAAAAGAUGGAGGUCUGCCUGGAUCAGAGUGAGGGCUUUGACGGGGGUCAGAUGAACCUGUCGCCCUCCACCAGCGGAGCAGAGGGCCCCCCCGCCUGGUUCAGGACCCAAGAACACCCCCUCAUCCUGGGCAUCUCGUCCCAGGUAUCGGACAGCCUCUCCAUAAACGAUGAAGAGAGUCAACAACAACAACAACAACAACAACAACAACAACAACAACCCCCUCCUCAAUCGCCUGUUGCUGUAAAGCCUGUGUCCCCGCCGCUGCAAGUUAGCACUGCGCCUCCACCCUGCCAACAAGAGAGAACCGGGAGGAAGGCGCUGAGGAAAUCAUCGAGGAGAAAACCCCGCGGUGACGACAGCAGCCCGGAGAGAGACAGACCAUCGAGCAAGAGCAGGAACACAGAAAUCAUCCAGACAUCAAAAAAGACUACGAUCCGUGUGGCCGAAAUAAAACCGGGGAGAAAGCGGACGUGGGACACUUUCUUAGCGUCCCACAUCGUGUCAAAAAAGCGAGUCAAGGAUUCACCGGAGAGCAAGAAAAGAAAAAGGGAUGAUUCUGAGGCUGAAGGAAAACCCGGGAGAAAGCGAACGUGGGACACUUUUGUAGCCUCAGGAUUAAGAAAGCAAAUCAAUUCCUCACCGGAGAGGAAGAAAAGGAAGCGUGAUGAUUCUGAAGAAGCGGAGAGAAAACCCAGGGGACAGUGGACGUGGGACACUUUCUUAGCUUCACACAUCGAGUUAAAAAAUGAACGCAGUGGCUCUCCGGAGAGGAAGAUGAGGAAGACGAGCCUGGAAGAGGAGGAGGCAAACACACAAGGCUCGUCUCUGAGCACCAGGAAGAGAAAGCGACACCCUGGGGAUCCUCCAGAGGGGGAGGAGGAGCCCAGGUGUGUCAAGAGAAGGAGAUAUUAAAGGGGGAGAGUGCCAAGUCCGAUGGGGUUGAGCACCAAAACUAAGGGGGGAGGGCUGAAAUUACAAGAGCGCUGAAACUAUGGGGGAGGGAGACA